ACGCACUCACGUACGCACGCAGCACGUCCGCCGCUAGCUUCCUGCCGCGGCGGCCUCGGAGGCGGCCUGACCGGACCCGCGUCGGGCCACCCUGAGCGGUAUGCGGCGCUGACGAGCGGAGACCCUCCCUGGCGGCGCCAUGAAUCUCCUGCCGUGCAACCCGCAUGGCAACGGGUUGCUCUACGCCGGCUUCAACCAGGACCACGGGUGCUUUGCCUGUGGGAUGGAAAAUGGAUUCCGAGUCUAUAACACCGAUCCACUGAAGGAAAAAGAGAAACAAGAGUUUCUGGAAGGAGGAGUUGGCCAUGUCGAAAUGUUAUUCCGCUGCAACUAUUUAGCAUUAGUUGGUGGUGGGAAAAAACCAAAAUACCCUCCCAACAAAGUGAUGAUCUGGGACGACCUGAAGAAGAAGACUGUCAUCGAGAUAGAGUUCUCCACGGAGGUCAAGGCAGUCAAGUUGCGGCGAGACAGAGUCGUGGUGGUUCUGGACUCCAUGAUCAAGGUCUUCACCUUCACACACAACCCCCACCAGCUGCACGUCUUCGAGACCUGCUACAACCCCAAAGGCCUCUGUGUCCUGUGCCCAAACAGCAACAACUCCCUGCUGGCCUUCCCGGGCGCGCACACCGGCCACGUGCAGCUGGUGGACCUGGCCAGCACCGAGAAGCCGCCUGUGGACAUUCCCGCCCACGAGGGCGUCCUGAGCUGCAUUGCCCUCAACCUGCAGGGGACGAGAAUCGCAACCGCGUCUGAAAAAGGGACCCUUAUCAGAAUAUUUGAUACUUCAUCAGGGCAUUUAAUCCAGGAGCUGCGAAGAGGGUCUCAAGCAGCGAACAUUUAUUGCAUUAACUUCAAUCAGGACGCGUCCCUCAUCUGCGUGUCCAGUGACCACGGCACAGUGCACAUUUUUGCCGCGGAAGAUCCAAAGCGGAAUAAACAGUCUAGUUUGGCAUCAGCCAGUUUUCUUCCGAAAUACUUUAGUUCCAAGUGGAGCUUUUCCAAGUUUCAGGUGCCCUCGGGCUCUCCGUGCAUCUGUGCCUUUGGAACGGAGCCAAACGCCGUCAUUGCAAUUUGUGCAGACGGCAGCUACUACAAGUUCCUGUUCAACCCCAAGGGGGAGUGCAUCCGAGAUGUCUACGCACAGUUCCUAGAGAUGACCGAUGACAAGCUGUGACUCUGCACCUGCAGAGCAGUCAGCACCCACCACUGAGAACCCCCAAAGUGCUGAGUGCGCCCAGACUCCUGGGGCUGGUGCCGGCACCCUUGGGGCCUUGUGGGUAAUGGACUGGAGGGACUGCCGGGGACCUUGGCCCCGAAGCCAUAUGCGGUUGUCUGUUUUCCUCAGCAAGGCUUCGCGUUUCCAGUAUUAAAGGGAGAAUCAUCAUCGAGGCACCACGGACACUCAAGUGGCUCUGAGGAGCCCGAGCCGGACGCUGGUUUGUCACCAGUGGUGUACCAGUGAUGGCCGCUGUACGGACCUACUGCUCCUGCACCUGCACCGGGACGCCACACAGACUGAGGGCCUGGGCGGGUGCGAGGGUGGACACACCCAAGUUUGUUUUGGGAACAGAUUCCAUUAUUUUCACUGAGUCCGUGAUGGGGAAGUGAACAGAUGUGUAGAUGUUAGUUCUCACGCUACAGCCAGAUUUUCAAGAGUAGCAAUACCAGCAGCAGCCUUAGGGAAGGAGAGAGGUAUUGUCUCCCAUCUGAACCUGAAGCAGAGAUGCAGCUGGGUCAGAGCACAGGUGGGCCGUUCCCUCCCUCGGGAGCCCUGCGUCUUGGCCCUCAGCCUGCCGCGAGUGCCCGCCCCCCCCCCACCAGUGCCGGCGUCCUGUCUCCCGGGGUGGCUGUGGGCAUUGAGGCCGGUGCCAGGCCCACCCGUGGGCAGGGCACGUGAGCCUCGCCUGGGUCUCUGGGAAAGCUGCUGGUGACACUGAGCCUCCCUGGUGUGUGCGGGGAGCAGAGUCACACAUAGACUUUAAAAAUCAGUCACAAGACAGCGUCACCUGAUGUGGAGAACGUGAAGGGACAGGUUUGGUGCCCGUCUCAACCUCCCCAUCUCCCAGCGCCGCACACUGCUGUCCCAAGGGUGAGCAGCUCCCACCCUGUUCUUAACACGCAGUCACUAAAGUAGGUUGUGGGCUCCCCAGUGUCCGUGCUACUUGAGGUCUGUAUUUGAUUUUCUUAAAUUCCCUUUGAAGAAACCUAGUUCAGUUUUCAGUUCACGUUGCGAACAUUUAGAACUGCUGCAGCAAGUUGUCCGUUUUGCCUGUUCUUUUACUGUCAUGUAACCAACUAACUUUGUAUGUGGGUUUCAAUGUCAGGUAUGCAUGUUCCCUCAUGUGUAUUUAAUCAUGCAGUUUAAUUUUGCACACUUGUUUUUAAUGUUUCUUUUAAAUAAAAGUGACUAAUUUUGUUGUA